UCGGUGUUGGCGCCGCCGCCGGCCGGACAAAGAAACAAUAAGAGAUGAACAGCUCAGCUACUAGAUCCCCACUCUCCCUGGGACUCCAGCUGUCGGGCCAUGUCUCUCUGAAUCCCGUCUCCGCUUUCUUCUCUCAAUUCCCCUUUUCUUUUCCUCUUCCCUCUUCUUCGUCCCCGGUAUCUUUGUGCUUUCCUCUUGUGUUGUUCAUUGGAAGAUUGUCGUGUUCUGCUUUCUUCGGUUCCAAUUGACGAUAUUUCCCAGCGCUUCAAUUCCCAAUUGCAAGCUCCAUCCAUCAUGGCGGUGGGCAUAUCGCGAGCCAAGUGCCUGAUGACGCUCUUCGCGUUGGCGUCCAUUGCUGUUCUCCAGGUUUAUGCGCGGAGCACGCACGAGACGUACGGGACGGAGAGGAAACUGAGUCCUUCGGACUUGAGUCUGGAGGAGUUGGAUGGGCUGUUGCAGGAUUGCCCAAUAGUCCAAGCCCUCUCCGCCGAAAAGAUCGCCGCCCACGCCCACCAAACCUCCUCCGCCACCGAGCGCCUCUUCGCCAUCCUCUUCCCCGGCUCCCCCGCCGUCAACGCCAUCCUCGCGACCCUGUACAUCUCGGGCCCGCCCAACUUCUUGCUGGCCCUGUGCCCGACCAACAUCGACCCGUCUUCGCUGUCCGUCAUGGUCGCCUUUGCCGUCGGCGGCCUGCUGGGCGAUACCCUGUUCCACCUGCUUCCCGAGAUCUUCAUUGGCGAGGAUAGCCACGAGAGCGCAAAAUUUGUGUUGGUCGAGCCGAACAGGAACUUGUUGUUGGGUGUUGCGAUUCUGGUUGGGUUCAUGACUUUUGUGGCUAUGGAUAAGGGCUUGAGGAUCGCGACGGGUGGAGAAGGCGGGCAUGAUCAUUCUCAUGGACAUUCCCAUUCGCAUGAGCAUGGCGCGGCGGCGACUGGUGUUGAGGUUGCGAAGAAGGGCGAUGCUAAGAACAGGAAGGGUGAGAAGAACGAGCUGAAGAAGAAGGAUGUGGACGUUCAAGAGCAGGAUGAUAAGAAGGACGUUAACCCUUCUGCUAAGCUGGGCGGCUACUUGAACUUGAUCGCCGACUUCACCCACAACAUCACUGACGGCCUCGCCAUGUCCGCCUCCUUUUACGCCUCCCCAACCAUCGGCGCAACCACCACCGUGGCCGUCUUCUUCCACGAGAUCCCCCACGAGGUCGGCGACUUUGCCCUGCUCGUCCAGUCCGGCUUCUCCAAGCGUCAAGCCAUGGGCGCCCAGUUCGUCACCGCCAUCGGCGCUAUGCUCGGCACCCUCAUCGGUAUCGCCGUGCAGGAAUUCGGCGGCUCCGGCGAUGCCAAUGGAGCGGCGAUGGGCAUGAAGGAGGGUAUUUUGGGAACCAGCUUGACCUGGGGAGACAUGCUGUUGCCGUUCACGGCGGGUACGUUCCUGUAUGUGGGCACGGUGGCGGUCAUUCCGGAGCUGUUGGAGACGGGCAAGGAUAAGGCCAAGGAGUUGAGGAAGACACUGGUGCAGUUUGCGGCUAUUGCGGUGGGGGCGGGGAUUAUGUUGUAUAUUUCCUGGCAUGAUUAAGUCAGGGAGUUUGGAAGUCAGUUUGGGGUUUGUUUAUGGACAUGAUGAACUAAAUGAAGCCCGCAGGGUCAAAGGCUUCGUGAUUGAUGGUAAUGGUAAUAGACAUUAUCACAAUAUCUCAUCUCGGUGCUG